CCACGGCCAUGCGCCACCCGGUGCACAGCAGCGGACAGACCAGAACACAGAUAUACACCAGCGCCGAAGACAUGUCUACGCUGAAAAGGGGAAGACAGACGCCUAAGCUCAAUAGAGCAUGCAUGUUGUGCGGUAUGGUGCAGAGCAUGAGCCAGUUCCGGAACGAGGGCUGUCCGAACUGCGAGUCGGUGUUGCACUUUCAGGACAACGAGGACGUCAUUAGAGAAUGCACGUCGCCAACUUUUGAAGGCCUCGUUGCCGUCCGUGGGUCGAGCUCCUCGUGGGUUGCGAGAUGGCUGAGAAUCGAGAACUUCGUCCCCGGCUUCUACGCCGUCAGAAUCGUCGGCAAGCUUCCGGACGACAUCAAGAACGACCUCUACGCACAGGGAAUAGAGUACAGACCCCGUGAUGGCAGUGUGCAGGACUAGUUUCCCCACUGCCCCUGCCUCUCCUCCCCUUUUUCCACUUGUAAUCUGUAUAAUAGAAAUACCACAGCCACUUUUUCCGACGGUCACGUGACUUUUGCGCCGAUCGGCCCGCCGCUCUUUUUCUGUGAAAUCUCUGGCGAUACGAGAUAAACGAUAUAAACGAUAGGUCGGAAAGGCACAUGCAACAAAGUGGAAAAAAAAUUUUCACAUGCGGCCACCCUUGAGGGGCUCCGUGCCCAUAUAAAAAAAAGCAGUCUGCACUUUUCCAGUUUUCUAGCAGACGGAGCAGAAAGUAGUGGUGGUUUGCAGGUGGGUCGGGUGUUUUGGUUUCGUUUGCAUUCUCGUUUCGGCAGAUUAACUCACACAAGGCACUCACACACAACAUGUCCGGU